AUGUGGCUCCCACUGUCCAAUCCUCGUGUUUCUUGGCGCCUGAGGCGCAAUAUUCGUCACGGGCGGUCUCCUCUAUGGCCUCUCGUGGCUAUGACAGUCAUCACGCAGUUGCUACUGUGGACAAUCGUGGACGUCGUCGCGCCUUGUAAUCAUGAAUCAAACGUCGACGAAACCACGGACAUUACAGCGGCAAUAGGAGACAGUACUGCCAAUGUCGACGAUAUGCGCAAAGGGCCAGUAUUAAAGCGGGAAAGCAUACAUAGUCAAGAACCGGAAGUUGAAAGCUUGCUGGCGGACUUUGACAAUGACGGACAUGUAGGACGCCUCGAGAUCCAACAGAUCAAAGACAAGCUGCACGACCAUUUGGACACGGACGACAGCGGUGGCUUGGACGUGUUUGAGCUGCAAAAGAAUGCACAGAGUGACCAGGACGUAGACGCGGCACUGAAAAAGCUGGACAGUGAUAACGACGACAUUGUUUCGUGGAAAGAGCUGGAUGAGCGAUGGGAGAGCGUGGGGGCGGAAAUGACUGUGGAUGAAGUGGCAGAUUGGGUGGCCUACGCUGUGCAACUGCCGCAGUACAGUGAGAUUUUCCGAACCAACUCUAUUUCCGGGUACACUUUUCCUUUGCUAAUGGCCAAUGAUGGAGCAAGAAUGCAAGAGAUUGGCGUGCAUAGGGAACUUCAUCGUCAUCAACUGGCAAUGUUCUUGCAGAUGAAGUAUCUCGGCAUGGGACGCAAGCCGAAAGCUGUUGCAUCGAGUGUCUGCACGACAGGUGGUGCGCCAGUUGCGCAGGAGGAUGUGGUGCUACAGAUUGCGUGGGUACCAGCCGAGAACACGCCACAGCGCUAUCAGUUGCAACGUCGAAGUCCUGGAGAAUCGACCUGGAAGCUCGUAUUUACUGGAGCUGACACGGAGGUUACCGAUGUUGUGAAAUAUAAUCGUUACACGGUUUACCGUCUCACGACGUGGAAUUCUUAUGGCCGCAGCCCGCGCACAUAUAUACACUGUGAUGAUGCAGAUACAAGUGGUUUUGCGUUACCAGACGCUUCGACUUUCGACUCAUCACACUCCCUGUUGCCAAGUACGGGCAAACCUCAAUCGGUACACCCGCUGUCUUCCCAGGGUAGACACAAGCGCAAAAUGGCCGAAGAGACUAGUCAUAUGGAGAAUACCAAGCACGUGGACUCGGAUGACGGCUGUGACCACCAAAUCAGCACGUGGAGCUUGCUAAAGAUAUACUUUUGGUGGCUGGACGACGCAAUCAUUAUUCUCCUAGUGGUGAUGCUACCUAUCCGUGGCAUCAUAUACGGUGAUGCUGACUUGCUGCUUCGCCUCCUACGCCGGUUGCCACCAAACAUGCCUACGCGUGUAACAGUUGAAAUGGAGUCUCUACAAGCAACUGUGGAAAAUGCAGUUGCUCGAAUAUCAUGGGAAAAGCCCGUGGACAACGGUGUUCCAAUUGUUUGCUACACGGUCCGUUGGACACGCACGAAGACGGAAGACGAAAAGUGUACAAGACUUCUUGCUGUACCGCUACCAACGACGGUGACGGUCGAAAAGCUUUCUCACGGGGAGACGUACAAGUUUGUUGUUCAAGCGACGAACCAGUUUGGAUUGGUCACAAGCUCUAGUCGGUCCACGUACAUGGUACCGAUUCCGGAACUCAAGGGUAAGCUCAGACCUCAGCACCUUUCAGCAGAGGGUCGCGCAGUGUGCAACCAAUGCCACGUAUGCCAUGAUCCUCGUUACAAGAAGAAAGUGCCGUUCACUGCGACACUUGAUCGGCGUAUCCUGCACUACUGCUGCUCGUGUGACAAGGAGUUUUGUCACUAUCAUAAGGGUGAAGUGCAUCAUUCGAAGGCCGUGUCCUGUCCGAUUGUUGACGGCCGCUGCGUCUGCAUUACCUGUAAUGAAAGACGUCUGCGACGCACAGUCACCAAUUAG